CGAUCACAAUUGCACAACGUCGCCGUGACAACAGCCGAACGAUGCUUCUACCGACGAGCAGAACUUGGUUGCUCGUGCUGCUGCUGGCCCUCGCGUCCACGACAGAAUGCACGAGGAUAACGCCGAGGAGCCCGAGGGCGAGUCGCAACGCCGCUGGCCUCGAGUUCGAGUGCCCCGAAGAGUUUGGCUACUAUCCUCAUCCGCGCGACUGCACCAUGUACUAUGUGUGCGUCUUUGGCGGCGCCCUCCUCGAGUCUUGCACUGGUGGUCUCAUGUACAGUCACGAGCUGCAGACCUGCGAUUGGCCGCGCAACGUCGGUUGCCCUGAAAACAGUUCUCCCUCCAAGGACAUCGACGACGAGGAUCCGCUACUCGAGAGAGCCGAGAAAGCUGAAUCGAUCCAGCAGCAGCAGCAGCAUCAUCCGCAGCAUCAACGGGUUUCUCAACAGCAGCAGCAACGUAACAUCCAACGUCAACCAGUGACGGUGCCUUCACCUUCGGUCUCACCGUCGGCCAUAUCUGAUCGUCAACAGUUACAACGUCAUCGCACACCACAUCAACGUACGUACCCGGAUGACGAAUACGAGCCAGCAUCGGAAAUCGAGAGUGACAGGCAACAACGGGUGUAUCGUGGACAACCGUCGACCGUGGGACAAGUGGCGAGAGAUCGUGACGGGCUCAGAAGGAACAUCAUCAGCGAGAGAGAGAAGGACAGACUAGUGAACCCGCGCACACAGACGGAAAAUCAUUACAGGAGCGUGUCAUCCGAGUCGCCUCAGAGAAUUGCAAAGACAGCCUCGACCGUCGCGCCGAUCGUUUCGAAAUCGUAUUACAGUGAACCCGAUCAAAGCUAUCCUUAUUACACCAUCUACGACGAUGACGUCUCCAUCUACAAGGAUGACGAUUACAAUCCGUUCCCAUUGAACAAUUCGGCACCUAUUCAGCCACCUCGUGUAGAGGUGUCACCGAGCUCCAAACCGUACGUACAGAAACCCAAGAAAAUUGCAGUUCACGAGGCUGACAAGUACAAUCUGAAUCAGGAUGACGAUUACGAUAUCUACGAUAAUCAGCAGCUCAUCAAAAACAAAUUCCGCAAUACUGAGGGACAAUCUCUCAGGCCAAACAUUCUCAGCCAUCCAGUCGUCCACGUGACAACGCCAAAUGCCAUAAUCGACACUUUCAUUCCACUGACCACAACCACUCAAAGUCCCCCACUGACCACUGCCAGAUCUUACUCUUCGAUUAAUCCACCUAGCCGCGGCCGACAACAUGUCAAUCGAGGCACUGCACCGCCGCGCCUGCGACCGACCUUGAAGCCGUCGACGGAAAUCGUAUCCAAGGCUCAAGAAUUCGUUGACAUAUAUCGCUUCCCACCCUCAAGACCAGCGCCGAUUUACCCUACACCGCAAGUCGACAAACCUGCCGCCAAGUGUCGCAAGGACGUGUGCUUGCUUCCCGACUGCAGCUGUGGUGGAUCCGACAUUCCAGGCGAGUACCUGCCAGAGGAAAUACCACAGAUUGUGUUGCUGACCUUCGAUGACUCGGUGAACGAUUUGAACAAGGGACUUUACUCGGAUCUCUUUGAAAAGGGUAGAAACAAUCCAAACGGAUGCCCGAUCUCGGCGACGUUCUACGUGUCGCACGAGUGGACGGAUUACAGCCAAGUGCAGAAUCUCUAUGCCGCUGGUCAUGAGAUCGCUUCUCACACGGUCUCGCACAGCUUUGGCGAACAAUUCUCGGCACGCAAGUGGUCCCGUGAGGUAGCCGGACAACGCGAGAUUCUGUCCGCUUAUGGUGGUGUCAAGCUCGAAGAUGUUCGUGGAAUGAGAGCACCCUUCCUCUCGGUGGGUGGCAACAACAUGUUCAAAAUGCUAUGGGACACCAACUUUACAUAUGACUCGUCGAUGCCAAUCUACGAAAACCGACCGCCAAGUUGGCCAUACACUCUUGACUACAAACUGUUCCACGACUGUAUGAUUCCUCCAUGCCCUACACGUUCGUACCCUGGUCUCUGGGAAGUGCCUAUGGUCAUGUGGCAGGAUCUGAAUGGUGGUAGGUGUUCUAUGGGUGACGCUUGCAGCAAUCCACCAACUGCCGAUGGCGUCUAUAAAAUGCUCAUCAAGAACUUCGAGAGACAUUACACCACCAACAGAGCUCCGUUCGGUUUGUUCUAUCAUGCCGCUUGGUUCACACAGCCUCAUCACAAGGAAGGUUUCAUUUCGUUCCUUGAUACGAUCGUUGCUAUGGAUGAUGUCUGGAUCAUUACGAACUGGCAGGCUAUUCAAUGGGUUAGGAACCCGACUCCUCUUGCACUCUUGGAUAGAUUCGAACCUUUCGGAUGCAAUUACCAGGACCGACCGAAGAAAUGCAACAACCCUAAAGUAUGCAAUCUAUGGCACAAGAGUGGUGUACGCUACAUGAAGACAUGCCAAGCGUGCCCCGACGUGUACCCAUGGACCGGCAAAACGGGCAUCCGUAGCAGUCGCAUCGACAACGAUAUCGACGGCCACGAUUGAACUGCGCAACCAGAACAUCUGUCGCGAGCUAACAGAUAUAUAAAAACGAGUAGAGCGAAUAUAAAUAUUUGAUUUGUUUCGUUCGAAUACCGCAUACUAGACUAGAUCUUUGAUGAAUUGUGCUUGUAAUCGUACGUGUGUGCAUGGGAAUGAGCUUCCUUAAGAGUCUGUUUUUCGUCUAGAUUUUCUUCUUUCAGGAUUAGAAUCAGACAAGACGUUGAGACUGAGCGAUAGUACACGAGUUUCUCUGUGUUUUUCUUAGGGAUCGCUUCGCAAUUUUUCAGAUAUUCGUUAUCUAUCGCGUAGUCGCAACUUGCGGCAUGUUUUUCGGAAAGAUUCAUGACACUUUGAGAUUAACAUCGAGAAAUCAAAGUUAUCGAGGAUUAUCUAGUUUAUGGAUUUGUGUGAGAGUAUUAAUAUGUGUAUGCGUAUGUUUUUUUUUGUAUUUGCGAGUUAGGUAUAUAACAAACUAUGACACGUUGCAAUGAUUACAUCGAUAUAGGGUUUAUUGAAUUAUUAUUGCAACGUUGAAGAAGAGAUUACAAUAACUUUCGUCAAUACUCCAAACCAUGACAUUGACAGCGGUAAUUUGUGUGAUUCUAAAGUACAUCACUAACGACCAUAACUUUAGGAAAAUGUCUUCAUUACGUAGAAAAAAAAAUUGCAAUGUUAAAAAAAGUAUACUUUUUUAGAAAAUUGUGUUUAUCAAUUGAGUAUCAAACUACUUUCAAGGUAUUUAAAAUAUAAAUUUAUAUAUAUAUAUACUCUGAUGGUUCAAAGUUAAAGCGAAGUAGCAUACUAUGACUUUCAAAAAUUUGCAGAUGCACGGUGAGCGAGCAAGAACAUCGUAAACUUAAUUCACGAGCGUAAUAAACUUACAGCUAACUCGGUAGCAUCGAGGAAUGAGCAAUUUAUUGAAACGUCUAUAUCCUUCACUUCAUGUCUGAACUAUGAACACUUUAAACUCCGUCCCAUUUUUUAAUUAAAGAUGCCCGUUUUCUUAACUUGACAGACUCGAUAUAAAAAUAUCAUAUUUAAUAAAAAAAAAUAAUCAUUUUAUAGUUUUCGAAAACUAUUGCUAUGAAAAUUAUUUUGACAUACUUAGAUGCUACCUUAAUCAAUACACCUACCGAUUCCUAGUGACGAAAUACAAGAGUUAGCUUAUUAACAAUAGACAAUGUCAUAUGCGUUAUUGUAUAUCAAAAAGCAGUAAGGGUUUGAAAAACUCUAAAAAAAUGCUAAAUACACCGAUUAAUGAUAAUUGAUCGAGAUGUAUAUUCUAUCUCGAAAGCAUUCAUUCAUUUAUAAUAUUUAAUUUUUGAUUCAUUCUCGUUUUACGUAGAUACAUACUAGAAAAAUUGUAUCAGUGGAAAAUUAGAAGAUAUUCAAAGGUGUAUUUAGCAUUAUAACAAAGUAGAUUUUUUUAAUACUCUUACUUUUGCAACUAAACAAGAAGGCCGUAGAAGUCCUGAAAGUUGAAAUGGAGCAUCUACUUUUAAUAUCGUUGAGUAUAUGUACGGAUUUUUAAAAGAUCAGUUAUACCGAUUGUCAACUUUCAUCUAGAUGAUUUGUCAACCAUCUAGACCAAACAAGUUUUAUACAGACAAGUUCUAUCUUAUUUACAUUCUAUGCUUCAGAUGCAGUAGUACUUAUUUUAUAUAUAUUUAAAUAUUGAUGUAUUUUUGGAUUAUUGGAACACUAGCAAUUAAAGAAAAUUCUUAAAAAAAGUUUUUAAAAGUAGCUUAUAAGAUACUAGCAAAAUAUACGUUCUGCGUAAGUAUUACUAUGGAAAUUCGACGAUUUGACGAAAAUUCCUUAACAUUUGAGAUUAAUUAUGUAAAUAUUCGUCAUAGACUGCUUAAUUUUUGUACCGUGCUAGUUGUAGUCGCGUUAAUUUUUUUUAUAUCAAGGAACGAAGUUAGUGUAUGCGAUAUGCUAAAAGCAAUGAUUCGAAUUGGCAUUCUGAAACAAAUACUCAAAUUGCAUAUAAAAUAAUGUUCAACUUACUUUAUUUAUCGAUGUCCUCGAGCCUACCGUACAUAAUAAUACUUUAUAAGUAAUAUUAUUAUGAAUAAGUUUCAUUUAUGAUAUUUUCUACAUUUACAUUAAAAUGUAGCUUCAGAUAUAUGUAAGAAUCAGAAAACGGAAGAGAACAUAGUAUCAACUCUUGAGAUCAAAUAUGUCAACGUCUUGCCAAAAGAUCGUAUUUCUCUCUCAGUGGCCGAGAUUUUCUUCCCAGUAACGAGCCAUGUUAUUGUAGCUUACAGCUUUUCCAAGCCUAGGUGAGAAUAAAAUUCGAAUUAUCAUUGCCUUUUCGUGGAAUGUAUCAUGCGGACUUUGUAUUAUACGUAUAUCCUAAAUAAUUUUUAUAAAUUAUUACA